CUGAGCAGUGAUAAGUCUUGAUGAAAGGCGGGAGUGGUUCUCAGCUGUUCUUAGCUGGACAGGGGCCCCUUGGUGGAGGCCUGCUUGAGUCCCAGUCAGUGCUUCAUUUCUGGAACUUUGGGGGAAGAGGAAGGGCAGCAGGAGCAUCUGGAGUGGCCCCCAAAUGCUCUCCCAGCCACACUAGGACUCCAGACCACAGAUCCUCUUUGACUUCGGUUCUGGCCACUUCUAUGAAUGAGAUUGCCAAGUGGGCAGGCCAGGUACAUGAUUUUUAAGGAGAGUGAAACAUUUCUUCAUGCUGCCUCCUCAAUCUGAUGUGAAAUGAUGGAUUCAACCCUGGCAAAGGCAGAGGGGAACUCGCUGGGAUUUUAUGAGAUGAGAAUUCUCCAGCCAACUUCUGGGAUUCUAAAAACAGGGGUGUGACUGGAACACAAAAAGGACAAAUUGUGUGGAGAAUUGAGCCUGGGCCCUAUUUCAUGGAGCCGGAGAUAAAAAUCUGUUUCAAAUACUACCACGGCAUUAGUGGAGCCCUGCGAGCCACGACCCCCUGCAUCACGGUGAAGAACCCUGCUGUGAUGAUGGGGGCAGAAGGCAUGGAAGGAGGUGCUGCAGGCAGUCAGCAUUCUCGGAAACUCGUUAGCUUUACGUUGUCAGAUCUUAGGGCAGUUGGGCUAAAGAAAGGGAUGUUCUUCAAUCCUGACCCUUAUCUGAAGAUGUCCAUUCAGCCAGGGAAGAAGAGCAGUUUCCCCACCUGUGCCCACCAUGGGCAGGAGAGGAGGUCUACCAUCAUCAGUAACACCACUAAUCCAAUCUGGCACCGAGAGAAAUACUCCUUUUUUGCACUCCUUACUGAUGUCUUAGAAAUUGAAAUUAAAGACAAAUUUGCCAAGAGCCGUCCUAUCAUCAAGCGUUUUCUGGGGAAACUAACCAUCCCAGUCCAGAGGCUGUUGGAGCGACAAGCCAUCGGUGAUCAGAUGCUCAGCUACAACCUUGGCAGAAGGCUCCCAGCUGACCAUGUGAGUGGGUACCUCCAGUUCAGAGUGGAGGUCACGUCUUCUGUGCAUGAAGAUGCUUCUCCAGAAGCAGUUGGCACAAUACUUGGAGUCAAUACUGUGAAUGGAGACCUAGGAAGCCCUUCUGAUGAGGAGGACAUGCCAGGGGGCCACCACGACAGCCCGGUUUGUUCUAAUGGACCAGUUUCUGAGGAAAGUGCUGAUGGGACCCCCAAGCAUUCUUUCAGGACUAGCUCUACUCUGGAAAUAGACACGGAAGAUUUAACCUCUACUUCUUCAAGGACCUCACCUCCCAGAGGACGUCAGGAUUCCCUCAAUGAUUAUUUAGAUGCUAUUGAACACAAUGGCCAUUCCAGGUCAGGUGCAGCUACCUGCUCAGAGAGGUCCAUGGGAGCCUCUCCAAAACUAAGGAGUAGUUUUCCCACCGACACGAGACUCAAUGCCAUGCUUCAUAUUGACUCAGAUGAGGAAGACCACGAGUUCCAGCAGGACCUGGGUUAUCCAUCUUCCUUGGAGGAGGAAAGAGGGUUGAUAAUGUUUAGCAGGGCAUCAAGAACUGAUGACGGGAGCCUCACAUCUCAGACAAAGCCGGAAGACAUCCCAGUGGAGACUGAGGAAGCCUCUACCCACGAACCUGCUUCCUUUGAGGAUAAGCCAGAACAUCUUCCAGAGCUUACAGAGAGCUCCUUACCCUCAGGUCCCAUGCCAGAUGAAAGUGAAAAUGGCCUGGAGUCUCAACCAGGUGCCGACCAGGGCAGCACUGAAUUGUGUGGCUCUCAGGAGGUCGAUCAGCCCACGAGUGGGGCAGACACGGGCACUUCUGACACGUCGGGAGGAAGCAGAAGAGCCAUCAGUGAGACAGAGUCCCUUGAUCAGGGGUCCGAGCCUUCCCAGGUGUCCUCUGAAACAGAACCCAGUGACCCUGCCAGGACAGAGAGCGUGAGUGAGGCCAGCACCAGGCCUGAGGGAGAGAGUGACCUGGAAGGGGCCGACAGCUCCUGCAAUGAGAGUGUCACCACGCAGCUGUCCUCGGUGGAGACACGGUGCUCAUCUCUUGAGAGUGCACGGUUUCCCGAAACCCCAGCCUUUUCUUCUCAGGAGGAGGAAGAUGGAGCCUGUGCAGCAGAGCCCACCAGCAGUGGCCCUGCCGAGGGGUCACAGGAUUCCAUAUGCACUCCUGGGUCCUUACCUGUGGUGCAGGUGCCCAGUGGAGAGGAGGAAGGGCCAGGGGCAGAAUCGGCCACCUUACCUGACCAGGAGGAGGUGGGGGAGGUCUGGCAGCGGAGGGGAAGCCUGGAGGGAGCUGCUGCUGCUGCUGCUGCUGAGAGCCAGCCCCAAGAAGAGGGUGAUGCUGGGGAAGCCCAAGGGGCUUGUGAAGGGGCCACUGCCCAGGAGGAGGGUGCUACUGGAGGUUCUCAAGCCAACGGCCACCAGCCACUGCGAUCUCUGCCUUCAGUGCGCCAAGAUGUUAGCCGGUACCAGAGGGUGGACGAGGCUCUCCCACCAAACUGGGAGGCCCGCAUUGACAGCCACGGCAGGAUCUUCUACGUGGAUCACGUGAACAGAACCACGACGUGGCAGCGGCCCACUGCUCCCCCCGCCCCGCAGGUGCUGCAGAGGUCCAACUCCAUACAGCAGAUGGAGCAGCUGAACCGGCGAUACCAGAGUAUCCGCAGAACCAUGACUAACGAGAGGCCCGAGGAAAAUAGCAGUGCUCUUGAUGGGGCAGGAGAGGAGGCUGACUUUCACCAAGCCAGUGCAGAUUUCCGACGGGAGAGCGUCCUGCCCCACUCUACCUCCAGAUCCAGGCUCACGUUGCUGUUACAGUCGCCCCCCGUGAAGUUCCUCAUCAGCCCAGAGUUCUUCACCGUGCUGCAUUCGAACCCUAGUGCCUACCGCAUGUUUACAAACAACACGUGUUUGAAGCACAUGAUCACCAAAGUCCGGCGGGACACCCACCACUUUGAACGCUACCAGCAUAACCGGGACCUCGUGGGAUUCCUCAACAUGUUUGCAAACAAACAACUGGAGCUGCCGAGGGGCUGGGAAAUGAAACACGAUCAUCAGGGCAAGGCAUUUUUUGUUGACCACAACUCCCGGACCACCACUUUCAUUGAUCCCCGGCUCCCACUCCAGAGCAGCAGACCCACGAGUGCGCUGGUGCAUCGACAGCAUCUGACGAGGCAGCGCAGCCACAGUGCAGGCGAGGUGGGAGAAGAUUCUCGACAUGCCGGACCACCAGUUCUUCCCAGGCCGUCGAGUACGUUCAACACAGUCAGCAGGCCGCAGUACCAGGACAUGGUUCCAGUGGCUUACAAUGACAAGAUUGUUGCUUUUCUUCGCCAACCCAACAUCUUUGAAAUUCUACAGGAGCGUCAACCUGAUCUUACCAGGAAUCACUCACUCAGGGAGAAGAUCCAAUUUAUCCGAACUGAAGGGACCCCAGGAUUGGUGCGUCUUUCAAGUGAUGCAGACCUUGUUAUGUUGCUAAGUUUAUUUGAAGAAGAGAUAAUGUCAUACGUGCCUCCACAUGCCUUACUCCAUCCCAGCUACUGUCAGUCCCCACGUGGCUCCCCUGUGUCCUCUCCCCAGAACUCGCCAGGUACUCAGCGUGCCAACGCCCGGGCUCCUGCCCCUUACAAGCGAGACUUUGAAGCCAAACUGAGGAAUUUUUACAGGAAGUUAGAGACUAAAGGAUAUGGACAAGGCCCAGGGAAAUUAAAGUUAAUUAUCAGAAGAGAUCACUUGCUCGAAGAUGCUUUUAAUCAGAUUAUGGGCUAUUCCAGAAAAGACCUGCAGAGAAAUAAGCUGUACGUCACAUUUGUCGGGGAGGAAGGGCUGGAUUACAGUGGACCUUCCAGAGAGUUUUUCUUCCUGGUAUCCAGAGAGCUCUUUAACCCAUAUUACGGCUUAUUUGAAUAUUCAGCCAAUGACACAUACACAGUACAAAUAAGUCCCAUGUCUGCUUUUGUAGACAAUCACCAUGAGUGGUUCCGGUUCAGUGGUAGGAUCCUUGGUCUUGCGCUGAUUCACCAAUAUUUGUUGGAUGCCUUCUUCACGCGGCCCUUCUAUAAGGCUCUUCUCAGAAUUCUGUGUGACCUGAGUGAUCUAGAAUACCUUGAUGAGGAGUUCCACCAGAGCCUGCAGUGGAUGAAAGACAAUGAUAUCCAUGACAUUCUGGACCUCACGUUCACGGUGAACGAAGAAGUUUUCGGGCAGAUAACUGAACGAGAAUUAAAACCAGGGGGUGCCAACAUCCCAGUCACAGAGAAGAACAAGAAGGAGUACAUCGAGAGGAUGGUGAAAUGGAGGAUUGAGCGGGGUGUUGUGCAGCAAACGGAGAGCUUAGUGCGUGGCUUCUACGAGGUGGUGGAUGCCAGGCUAGUAUCUGUUUUUGAUGCAAGAGAACUGGAACUGGUCAUCGCAGGCACAGCUGAAAUAGACCUAAGUGAUUGGAGAAACAACACAGAAUACAGAGGAGGUUAUCAUGACAAUCAUAUUGUAAUUCGGUGGUUCUGGGCUGCAGUGGAGAGAUUCAACAAUGAACAACGAUUAAGGUUGUUACAGUUUGUCACAGGCACAUCCAGCAUUCCCUAUGAAGGAUUUGCUUCUCUCCGAGGGAGUAAUGGCCCAAGAAGAUUCUGCGUGGAGAAAUGGGGGAAAAUCACCGCUCUUCCCAGAGCUCACACUUGUUUUAACCGUCUGGAUCUCCCUCCAUACCCAUCCUUCUCCAUGCUUUAUGAAAAACUUUUGACAGCAGUUGAGGAGACCAGUACCUUUGGACUUGAGUGACCUGGAAGCACAAUGCCCAGCUCCUUGCAAUUCCAGACAAUUCUGGACAGGCAAUUCCAGAAGCUGCCCUCUAGAAGAAUGGCCGAACAUUGGAAGUUUCAAGAGUAUGCUUCUAUUAGAGCAAAGCUGAGUGCUGUUAUUUUCCAGGCAUACAUACUCUGUCACAUUUAGGGACUGAAUAGUGAUGAUGAGUCCUCUUGGAAGGAUUUGGGUGAGCUUGAUGCCCAGGGAACAACCCAACAGUCUUUCAAUCAACAGUUCUUGACUGCCAAACUCUUUUCCAUUUGUUAUGUUCCAAGACAAAGAUGAACCUGUACAUGAUCAGCUCCAUGGUAACUUUCAGAGACUCAGGAGAACCUUGAAACUUACCUUUGAACAUGGUUCAAGCCAAACUGGCAGCACUUGGCCCAAUUUCCUAAUUAGUGCAGUUUAAAUAAUGUAAUAAAAACAAAUAUAUUUCCUGAAAGUACAUUCAUUUAAGCCCUAAGUUAUAACAGAAUAUUCAUUUUCUUGCUUAUGAGUGCCUGCAUGGUGUGCACCAUAGGUUUCAGCUUCCAUGGAACACAAGUGAAAAUGAAACCAAGUUAAUAUGAGGUAACUUUAAAGAUUUGCAAUAAGGUGGUCUGUGACAAUGUAUAUGCAAAGUGGUAUGUGUGUAAUUAUGGCUGAAGACAAACUGUUAUACAAUGAAUUACUAAUGACAGAUUUUAUGCUUUAUAAUGCAUGAAAACAAUUUAAAAAUAACUAGCAAUUAAUCACAGCAUAUCAGGAAAAUGUACACAGUGAGUUCUGUUUAUUUUUUAUAGGUUCGUUAUAUUUAUGUUCUCGAAGAUGUAUAUAAGAACCUACCUAUCAUACUCUACAUAUCAUCCGUUCCAUUUUCAUGUUCCACGCUUACUCAGGCAUCACGCUAGUACGUAUCCUUUUAAGCACUCUCAAGGGAACAAAAGGGCCUUUUAUUUUUAUAAAGGUACAAAAAAAUUCCCCGAAAUAUUUUGCACUGAAUGUACCAAAGUUGAAGGGAUAUUACAAUAUGACUAACAGCAACUCCAUCACUUGAUAAGUAUAAUAGAAAGUAGCUUCUAAAUCAAAACUUCCUUCACAGUGCCAUGUCUACCACUACAAGGACUGUGCAUCUAAGUAAUAAUUUUUUAAGACUCACUAUAUGUGAUAGUGUGAUAUGCAUUUAUUUAAAAUGCAUUAGACUCUUCCAUCCAUCAAAUACUUUACAGGAUGGCAUUUAAUACAAAUAUUUCGUAUUUCCCCCACUACUUUUUAUUUGUACAGCGUCAUUAAACACUAAGCUCAGUUAGAGAGCCAUCGGCAACACCCAAGAGAUCAGCUCUCUUUAGUAAUAAGAAUUCCAUUUUCCCUCAUCAGUGAAGACAUCACAAAUUGAAAUUCUCAGUACUCUAUUUCUAAGCCUGCAUUUUCACUGAUGCAUAAUUUUCUUAUCAAUAUUAAGAAAAAUUUUUCUAUGAUAUCUCAGAAACUGCAUGACAUCACUAAUGUUAUUGCUGCUUAGUUUAUCAGAGGAUGUUCUUCAUUUUUAUUGCUUUGGGGUUGUUCCACAACAUUGUUUAUUAUUUCUUGAUGUAUGGCCAUAACUAAUCAGGUGUAUAACAGAGUGAAGUUAAGGUGUGGAUAAUACAACCAUUGGCUCAAACAUUGUUUGCCAGCCUGUGGUAUUGCAGGCAUUGCCCAAACGCUUCUUUGAGAACUGUAUUUAUGAGUAGCCAUGGAAUUCCUAUUAUGGGGUGUUGGCAAUCUUACACUUUGUAGAGGUCAAGUGCAUGGUGGUUUGUCAGAACAGAGUGCUCUGUUGGUUAAGCUGCAUUUCCUGUUGGGGUCCUCAAGAGCAAUAGCACUCACGUUCCAUUCCUGCACUAAAGGCAGGUACUGCAGUGUGGGGAAAUGUUCUGGGAAAAAGGUUACAGAAAUCUGGGAAUAAGGAAAGAUUUAUCUGUGUACUGUAAUUGUAUCAGAAAGAAAGGAAAGAGAAAAAAAUUUUAACUGGAAAUGUUAGUUUGUACUUACUUAUCAUGAAUAUAAGUAUAUAUUUAAUUUCGCAAACUA